AUGGCCCAAAUUGACGUCACUGGUAAUCAAUAUAUUUCGAAUGGCGGCCUUUCAGAACAAUAUAAACUUGCACAGUUUCACUUUCAUUGGGGAUCUGAUGACACGAAGGGUUCCAAACAUCAACUUAAUGGCAAAACCUAUCCCGUGGAAUACAGUGGAAGUUUGACAACACCCUCAUGUAAUGAAGUUGUUGUGUGGACAGUUUUUACUGAAACUAUCAAAAUCUCAAAAACCCAGGCUUAG